CCUUGAGCUUGGAAGAUGCACCAUUAUUGCACGUUGCUUCGGCUAAUCUCGUGUGGCUUUGGACUUGACCAAAAUUUACAGCAUGCUGUUACGAAAGCACUUCGCGCCUCGAAUCUCCUGAGCCGAGGCUCCCGCGACAUCAAUAGAAUAGCGUCUAACCGUGGAGGUAGACUUGAGUGCCCACACUCGCGACUGACCGCUAGCCACUUUACUUUGAUCGGUGUGACGUAUGUCAAGUUUGUCUCAACUGUGUCAGUCUGUUUGAUGCUUAGAAAGUUCUGUACUAUCGCCGUUACCUCGGAUAUUGGCGCUGGGGUUUGCUCUCAGAUGAACAUGUGCUGGACAACCCAGAUUUCAGCAGCAGUCCUCCGUCUUUCCUUCGACUGCUGGUGUUAUUGACCUAUAUGUUCAAAACAACGCUCCUAGCAUCGCUCUGAAUCCUGUUUUUUCUGCGUCUGAAGUGAAAAAGUUUAUGGUACAGAUUACUUCUUCUAUAGAAUAUGUUGUGCUCCUGAGUUGCAACGGAAUCUUGCACACAGUGAAGGUACACAUGCGAUGUUCUUCAGCAUAGCCAUGUAAACAUUUCCAAACGAAUGCCACAAAGUAUCCCACACUCGCUGACUAAGAGGGUAUUGGGCAGCAUCCACAGCAUCUGCCUAGGAGCAGACUUGACAGUUUAUACAAAACGCUGCGUGUGGAUCGGGUGGUGAUUGGUGACCACCGCGAAUUGAACGAUGCUCGUUCAUAGUCGGGCCCAGCACGGAGAGAGGAAAGUGAAGUCGCCAACUACGGAGUCCCGCAAAAAGAUGCUGAACAGCCAAGGGCAAGGCUCCACCCCCUGUGCUGCCUGCAAGCUCCUACGGAGACGAUGCGCCCAGGAGUGCCCCUUCUCGCCCUACUUCUCGCCGCAAGAGCCCCAGAAAUUCGCUUGCGUUCAUAAAAUCUUCGGUGCCAGUAAUGUCUCGAAGAUGCUGAUGGAGGUGCCGGAGAAUCAACGCGCCGAUGCUGCGAGCAGCUUGGUGUACGAAGCGAACGCUCGCAUCCGCGAUCCAGUUUACGGCUGCAUGGGAGCCAUCUCCGCACUCCAACAGCAGGCGCAAGCUCUUCAGGCCGAGCUGAACGCUGUCAGGAUGGAAAUUAAUCGCUACCGCCAGCAUGAAAACUCACCGACGAAUGGCACUCUCACCACCACCGCAUCCGCGACCGCGCUUGUAUCAGGUUACCAAGAGCUCGUUCAGGAUCGAGGGCGGGCUUCCGACACGAGAUCCAGCAAGCCCUCUACUACGGACGUUCACACCACAGUUCAUUCUCCCAGCAGCACGGUGGCCACGUCCGAGUCCAAAGAUCGAACGUAUUGGUCGCCCAUCACGUGAGUCGACUUCAGCCUCACCCCUUUGCUCCAGAUUCCUCGCUAUGGAUACUGCGCGGACAGUCGAUUAACUGCACUUUGGCGGUAGAACUUCAUCAAAAGUUAGGUACUCUGAUACUCCCACUCCCCUCACCGAGGUAUUCAAUUGCUAGGAUAGACACAACUGCAGAGAAAUUUGGCCUGAUCAGCUUUACUUCUCCAUCAACAAAGUCCAGACCACGUAGCACAAGUCUAGAGCAGUUGGCUGUGCGGAGUUUAUCUGGUGCUUCACUUGGAGCCUCAUACAUGAUCAUACUUCUUUUAGUAUCUAAUUAGCUUCAAUUGUACAAUCGUACUGUCAUUAAAUUGGACACUAUCGACAGCGAGUGAAAUUAUUAAACUGGCGAUCAGGAAUGAUAGCAUCAAAGCUAGUCCAAAAGCAGCAGCCCAGCAUACUCAGUGAUAAGGGCUCAAGGUCAUAGUGCUUCCAAUUAUGUCUUAAGCAAAUGAUUCAUUUGUGGGGUGAAAUGGUGCCUUCGCCAGAGUGGCGUAAGCUCUACCUCCCAUUCAUAGAAAUAGAACAGUCCGGUGAAAGAACACUCAAUUCGCAAAA